GACUCCACACUAGACCUUAUGCCGUAGCUCCGAGUGACUUCCCGUAGUAUUCCGGUAGGAUUUUCACCGAAUUUCCAAAAGUCCCGCCAAAAGAACGCGAGGCCGAGGCCGAAAAGAGGAUUCAAACACCGUUACGGGGCGAUGAGUCAAAUCCCGGAAACUACAAAAACACGCCGAAUACGCCAAGGAGGAGCCGUACGCCAUUUCUUGACGAGUAGUUUUGUAUAAGCUGUUUAACACAACUGGAGCCACUUAAUCUUCUACAUCUUUCUAUCAACCCCGAAGACCCGGAACCGCGCCCCCGCACAUUUAGGUUCCCCCGCCCAACAACCAAAUACCAAAAAUGACAUCCCCCGCAUUCCAAGCCCGGCUCCGCGCCGCACUCCCAGACAGCCCCGACGCCCCCACCCUCCCCUCCCCGGCCUCCCUCGCCGCCGCAUCGGCAUCCCUCCCUCGACGACCAUCUCGCAGCGCCGGUGUCAAGGACGGAGAGGAGUCCUCCACCACCACCAAUGCCGACUACCUCGCCCCCCUGGGCACCGAAGCAACGCUAACCCACAUCCUCACGGACAUCGUCCCCGCCCUCAACGGUCAAGCCCGCAGCGGCCGGUACUACGGCUUCGUCACGGGCGGAUCUCUCCCGGUAGCCGAGGCGGCGGAUACCGUCGUCUCGGCGCUGGAUCAGAAUGUGCAGGUGCAUUUGCCGGGGCAGACUGUUGCUACCGAGGUGGAGAGCGUUGCGUUGGGGAUGCUUGCUGAUGUGUUGGGGCUUGAGAACGGAGGAGACGGAAGUAGAGACGGAGAGGAGGUGUGGAAGGGGAGGACGUUUACGACCGGUGCGACGGCGAGUAACGUCCUCGGACUCGCGUGCGGGAGGGAACAUGUCGUUGCCAAGCGCGGGGGAAAUGUCGGGGAGCAGGGGUUGUUGGGGGCGUGUGUGCGUGCCGGUGUGAGGGAUGUGCAGGUUUUGACGAGUAUGGGGCAUAGCUCGCUUUCCAAGGCGGCGAGUGUGGUUGGCAUCGGGAGGGCGAGCGUCAAGGAGCUUCCGCUGAGUAAGGACAAGCCGUGGAGGUUGGAUUUGGAGGCUGUAGAGAGAGCUUUGGAGAAGGGGGAGAGGGAUGGGGUUGUGAGUGUCAUUGCUGUUAGUGCGGGCGAGGUGAAUACGGGUAGGUUUGCGACGGAAGGCAAGGAGGAGAUGGGGAGGUUGAGGGGGUUGGCGGAUCGGUUUGGGGCUUGGAUUCAUGUUGAUGCUUUUGGAAUAUUUGCUCGGGCUCUCGAGGCGAAGCCCGAAUUCGCAAAGAUUAAAGAGAUGGCUUCGGGGUUGGAACUCGCCGACAGCAUCACAGUAGACGGGCACAAGCUUCUAAACGUGCCCUACGACUGCGGCAUGUUCUUCUGCCGCUCACUCCCAACCCAAACAGCCGUAUUCACAAACCCAAACGCAGCCUACCUCUCCUCCGGCCCCUCCACAAUCCCCUCCCCACUCAACAUCGGCCUCGAGAAUUCGCGCCGUUUCCGGGCACUACCAGCCUACGCCGUCCUCCGGUCCGAAGGGCGCAGCGGGCUGGCGGCUAUCCUGGGCCGCAUGGUGAUUCUGGCGCGGAAGUUGGCGGUGUGGAUUCGGGCUUCGGAUGCGUAUGAGCUUCUUCCCGAGGCCGAGGGUGAAUGGGACGUCGAGGAGACGCACAUGGUUGUGCUGUUCCGCGCGCGGGAUGAGGGGUUGAAUGAGGAGCUUGUAGGUAGGAUUAAUGGGACGAGGGAGGUGUAUGUCAGCGGAACGAGUUGGAAGGGGAGGAAGGCUGUUAGGGUUGCUGUGGGGAGUUGGAGGGUUGAUGUUGAGAGGGAUUUUGAGGUUGUGACGAGGGUUUUGGGGGAUAUUUCUGCAAGGGGAUGAAGGUGAUUUCUUUUGCUGUUUAGGUGCGAUGAUGCUAAUGGAAGGUAUUCGUGCCAGUGCAUGGUCAAUGAACCAGCCUUUCUACCGAUCUGCCAGCAAGGAAAGGGAAUCGUACUUGGAUGACUUUUUCUUUCAUCUGAAUAUAAGCGUAAGGGGCAGGUGAUCGAGUGGUCUAGGAGGCG